AUGCCGCUACGAUUGUUGUGUCUCCAUGGCUGGGGGACGAAUCAGAAGAUUCUACAGUCACAAUUGAGUGGCCUCAUCCAUGAACUCCAACGCGACAACACAGCGACCUUCUCUUUCCUUGAGGGGGACGUCGAUUCAGGCCCCGGGCCUGGAAUCGCCGGAUACUAUGAUGGUCCGUACUACAGUUACUACCGUUUCCCACGCACCUUUUCCCACGAGGAUAGCGAUGAGUCCGACAUCCUGGAGGCGUACGAGCAACUUAGUGAAACAGUUGCCUUGGAAGGUCCGUUCGAUGGGGUUCUAGGCUUCUCCCAUGGUGGCACAUUGGCUGCUGGAUUCAUGAUUCAUCACGCCAAGAUGAAUCCAAAUCAGCCCGCGCUAUUUCGAUGCGCAAUAUUCAUCAAUUCCCUACCACCAUUCCGUAUGGAACCUGGAAAGAAUCCUGUUGUAGAUGAAGGAUUAGAGGGGUUUAUUUCUAUUCCCUGCGUGCAUAUUGCUGGGGCCAAAGACCCACUCUUUGAGUACUCAAUGGCUCUCUAUCGGCUCUGUGCUGCGAGGUAUUCGACAUUCGCGGUACAUGGAAAGGGCCAUGAUGUCCCUGGUGAUCGAAAAAAUGUCGCCAUCCUCGCAACUGCAAUUCGAAAACUUUGCAAUCAAAUGUUGUGA